AGAGGUUGCUUAGCAGCGUGUGUUUCUCCUUAGCCUUGGCUGCGGCGGCGGAGGCCUGGCGAUGCCCAAGAACGCAGUGGUCAUCUUGCGGUAUGGGCCCUACAGCGCGGCAGGCCUGCCGGUGGAGCACCACACCUUCCGCCUGCAGGGCCUGCAAGCUGUGUUGGCCAGAGAUGGACACAAGGUAAUCCUAGAGAAGAUAGAAGACUGGAAUGUGGUGGAACUCAUGGUGAAUGAAGAAGUCGUCUUCCAGUGCAACAUUAAGGACUUGGAGUUCGGAGGCGAUGGUAAACUAGACCCACUGUGUGAAAAGGCCAGGAUAGCCGUGCUGAACUCCUACUGAUCUCCUCAUGGAACAGGCAUCUCAAGUCGGCAGAACAGCAGCUGCCCCAGCCAUUCUAUGAUACAGGGAGAAGUGGCUGUGCUGCAAUGUGGACACUGGGCUCUACUAGUCAGAGCAGGGCAACUUGGGCCUGACCUCCAGCUUACACAGCCUCAGGAAUCUCACCCGGCUGCACAGGAGCUCACAGAAAUAAUAAAAACCACAUCAUUUGUAACAUCUCUCAAUCCCAACCCAUAGGGAGAGCCCUCCAAUAUCAGGUACACAUUGAGCUGAAGGAAACAAUAAAAUGCAAUCAAAUAACAAGGUGCCAUUCCUGACUAAUAACACAUAGUUGCCAGAAGCAUCUGAGAUUCCAUUGUUUAGUACUCAAAUUGCUCAGAACAGGUAAAAUUAAAGAGAGGUUGGGGGAAGGGUGGGAAUAAAGGCUUUUGAA